AAUUCAUUUAUUUUAAUUAAUGUUUUUCCAUCCUCAUUUGAAUUUCAAUUUUAAUGCGUAACAUAACAUCAGUAGGACCCACUCUUCUGCACGAAAACAAUUAUCAGCGGCAUUGCUCAAAACGGAACACAAGCAUAAACACCAACGCAUUUCUCCUUCUACCUUCUUCCUUCCGUUUCUCUUCAAUGCUCAUCUAGGGUUUCCACGUUUUCUUCAUCCUUCAACCAUUUGCUUCCAUUUCCCGGGUGCUGGUUUUUCUUACUAUGGGUUCGUUACCUGGCACUGGUGAAAUAGUUGAAGCAACGGAGGAUUGGAAUAUAGGGAAAGGUGUUGUAAGGAUUUGUCAGUCUGAGAAAAAUAAGAAGCCUUUGGUACUGAACCUGGGAUACAAGGAUAAUAUAUAUGAUGAUAUUAACAAGUUGUUUGAAUCAAUUUCUCUUAAAUCUUCACCGAGGGAUUUGAGUAUUUCACAAGAUGGUUCCAGUCAUAAGCUGAAAAACACGUUAAAACAACCUAUGACAUUGGGUGUUCCUCGCUCGCCGCGAGUUGGGAGUUCUGAGAGUGUUAAUUUGAAGCAGGCAUUGAGAGACCUUUGUAUAUCUAAGGCAUCAGAAGUGGCUGCCAUGAAACGGUUAUCAAAGUCGACAGCUUCUCCGAGAGUUUCGGAGGUUGGGAGGAUUCAAACAUUGUAUAGUUCAGUUGUAGAUGAAGCUUGUGUUGAUGAAGGUAAAGGGCGUAGAGUGGAGAUAUCUCUAGUGUCAGAAAAAAGCAAGUCACCUUCCUUAAAUAAAGCUGGGUUUCAAUCACAGCUUGUUGUACCUGUUCAACCAGAAAAACAAACCUCGGCGUCUUUUCCAUCUACUUGUGUAUUAAAUACUGGACGGAAAGGUAGGCUGCAAACAGCAUCUUCUUCCUCUACUUCUGUAGAGGGCAGCACAGCUAAGAAACCGCCACACCGCGCCCCUCGCACAGUCAAAAUGGUCAUCAAGAACAAGAAUGUGAGUAAGAAGAAAGUGAAGGAGGAUUCAAAUUCUGCAUCAAAUGAAGUUAGCAAGUCUGUUUCUGGCUCAGCUCGGCUCGUUUGUGAAAGAUGUAGGUGUGUUUUGGAGAAUACAAGGGAAGAUGAAAGCCAAGAGAUUAUGGCCUUGGACUAUACUAGUCCUGGAACUGGAGUGAAAUCGAGUAAUGUGUACUCUGGUUUAGAUAAACCAGGUUUGGCAUCAACUAGUGGUAAUAUAAGCAAAGCAGUUGUAAAGGUGGAGAAGAUUCAGAAGAGCACCAAGUUGAAAGAGCAGUUUGAUUUUUCACAAAGCUCGAAGAGUAGUCAAGGUGAGUACAGUAGUAGUACUAGUACCAGUGACGAGAGCAACAUGAGUGGCUCAAGUUGUGGCACUAGGCCUCACAUGUCAAAGGAUGUUAGGUGGGAAGCCAUUCGACACGCUCAAAUGCAGCAAGGAGUCUUGGGCUUGAAACAUUUCAAUCUUUUGAAGAAACUUGGUUGUGGAGACAUUGGGACUGUAUAUCUUGCUGAACUAAUGGGCACAAGUUGCUUGUUUGCUAUUAAGGUUAUGGACAUUGAAUUUUUGGCAAGAAGGAAGAAAAUGCCUAGGGCUCAAACUGAAAGGGAAAUAUUAAGGAUGCUGGACCAUCCAUUUCUUCCCACAUUGUAUGUGCAAUUCACAUCAGAUAAUCUCUCAUGUUUAGUCAUGGAGUAUUGUCCAGGCGGAGAUCUUCAUGUUCUACGGCAGAAGCAGCUUGGUAGAUGUUUUUCGGAACUAGCAGCAAGGUUUUAUGUUGCUGAAGUCCUACUUGCUUUGGAGUAUUUGCACAUGCUUGGAGUUGUUUACCGUGAUCUGAAACCUGAAAACAUUCUUGUUCGAGAAGAUGGCCACAUUAUGCUCACUGAUUUUGAUCUGUCGUUGAGGUGUGCUGUUAGUCCAACACUUUUGAAGUCGUCUUCUGACGUUGACCCUGCAAAAGUUUCUGGUCUUAGUGCACAAUCAAGUUGCAUUGAACCAUUAUGCAUUGAACCUUCUUGUCAAGUUUCAUGCUUCAGCCCUAGAUUCCUACCUGCUGCUGCAAAAGCAAGGAAAUUAAAAGUUGAUAAUGUUGCCCGUGUCAGAUCACUGCCGCAGCUUGUGGCUGAGCCCACUGAUGCAAGAUCAAACUCAUUUGUUGGUACACACGAAUACUUGGCACCUGAGAUCAUCAAAGAAGAGGGACAUGGAGCUGCAGUUGACUGGUGGACAUUUGGUGUUUUUCUUUAUGAGCUUUUAUAUGGUAGAACACCAUUUAAAGGUUAUAACAAUGAAGAAACAUUAGCAAAUGUGGUCUUGCAAAGUCUUAGAUUCCCCGAUGACCCACUUAUCAGUUUUGAAGCUAAGGAUCUGAUUAGAGGGUUGUUAGUUAAAGAGCCUGAAAAUCGUCUGGGUUCAGAGAGAGGGGCUGCUGAGAUUAAAAAACAUCCCUUCUUUGAGGGUCUUAACUGGGCCUUAAUUCGAUGCGCAAUCCCACCAGAACUUCCAGAGUUUUGUGAUUUUGGAGUUUUAGACACGGCCUCACAAGGCAAGGGUGCUAAGUAUUUAGAGUAUAAUGUAGGAGAGCACGUGGAAUUCGAGUUGUUUUAGAGACACUGCUUGCUCUUGAGAGCGAAAUUCCUGUUUAUGGCUCCAUGAUCCAUAUUUGGAGAUAUAACUUAUAUGUAAGCCUAUUAGCAAAUUAGUGUUGAUUAUAUCACUUUCAAUGUAACAUGUAGAAACUAGGAAGUUAAGGUCUACAUCAACUUUAAAGUUAUCAAGAACAAAUAUUGAGAAUAAAAAAAAAACUAUUUGCUCAUGUCCAGAGGACAGAACAAGAUCUUGGCCA